UAAUCACGGCAGUUUACUAACGGUAUUGUUAACGAAUUGCACUCCAACUUUACUUGUGCUGUAUUUAAACAAUCCUCACGUGUUACGUAAUCUUUUACAAGCAAUUAGUGAAUCCAGGAGUAUCCGAUAUGUGGUAGCAGAUAUUCCUGGCCGAUUCAUAGCAGCGGGUUUAACCAGCCCGUGCAUAUAUCACUGCGAGCCAAAUAGUUACACCAACGAUGUUUUGUUUUAGAGUUUGCCAAUCAUUAUACGAAAGCAAUGCAAUGUGUUGUGUUAUAAUAUAACUAUCAAGAGGAACUUUAUCAAACCCGAAAUCAACAGAAUCAUCUGUAAAGACGAGUGGAGUUACCUGGUUAUAAUUACCGCGCUGGAUAUCCGAGAGGUUUUGCACUACGUUGGAACGGAUAUACGCUAACAACAUUGUACGGAAAUAACAUGCAGGAAACAUGGAGUUUCUGGAUUUCAAAAUAUGGCUCACAUUGAUUAGUUUGUGCUCCUCAAUUAACUCAGAAAAUUAUACUCGCGGAGCUAACGUUUUGGAAAACGACACCACUAUUAAACAGAUUGAAAAUAGUUUUGCUUGUAUGGAAGGUUGCAAUUGCGAAAGAAAACAUAUAUUGUGCGCGGAAAUGGUGUUGCCACAAUCAAUCAUGCUUUCUACUAUGGACUGCUCUGGUGCAAAUUUUAAAAAUUUUCCCGCCACCCUUCCAGACAAAAUCGAGGCCGCGAUAUUCACGGGACAAAUUAUUCGUGAAAACAGUUUCUCAAGCGGUAUGCCGUCAGGAGCUGAUAUUUUAUACUUGGACUUGUCGAAUUGUUCAAUAGUUAAUAUGGAACACAUAAGAGGGAUCUAUGUUUACACAAAAAUGACAUUUUUAAGUCUUCGAAACAACAAACUGACACUUAUCAAUGGCAGCAUUGCCAAUGAUAAUUUGCAGACACUGGAUCUUAGCAAUAACAAUAUCUCUGUCGUGGCUGAUGAAGCCUUUAAAAAAACGACCAAGCUAAAAGUAGUGAAUUUGUCACAAAAUUAUCUAACAGUAAUAUCGUCGUCUCUAUUUAGGUCGCUUCAUGAACUAAGCGCAUUGGACUUGUCUUAUAAUAAUAUAAAUUCGAUAGACGAGAAAGCUUUUGUGUCUCUGGCGAAACUUAAUCAUCUAAAUCUCUCUAACAAUAAGUUGAAAUCAUUAUCAGCGGACAUUUUUAUAAACUUUGAGAAUUUAUUAAUAUUAGACAUCAGUUAUAAUGUGCUACACAGCGUCCCAUCCAAACAAUUACAGUCCAUGACUAGACUCAAGAAACUGGGAAUAAAUGGAAACAUGAUUGCAAAGCUAAAUGCUGGAGAUUUCAGUAAUAUGAGUAUAGCGUCUUUAGAAAUCAGUUUUAUGCCACGACUAGUUAUUGUUGAAGCAUUUGCCUUUGUCAACAUGUCAGCCUUACUUAGUGUUGAAAUGCAUGACAACACAAAUUUGUUUUUAAUACAUCAAAAUGCGUUUCAACAGGUUCCGGUUUUAAAAUCGUUAUACGUGCAUAACAAUAAAUUGACACAAUUAUCUGUGAAUAUAAUCGACAAUGUGCCAAGUUUACAGGAAAUACAUAUGUAUCACAACCCAAUGCGAUGCGACUGCAAUGUUCUAUGGAUACGUGAGGACAUACAGAGCAAUCGGACAAAGUUCUAUCAUCCUGAAGCAAUCAAAUGCGCUUAUCCCCUGAACGUUUCAGGAAAAUCGCUCAAAGAAGUAAAAGAGGCUGACAUUGCGCGCGUGUGUGCCCCAACUACGUUACCGUCGUUUGGAGAGAGCUAUGAUCUCAAAUUAGGCGAGGACCUUCGUCUUCAAUGCCAUGCAUAUGGCGUUCCAGAGCCUACGAUACGCUGGAUACUACCCGAUGUUAAGGCCGUACAAGAUCGUGCAGAGAUAUUGAACAGCAAUACAUCACUCGGUGUAAGGUCUAUGACUGAAGCCGACAGUGGGACAUACAGCUGUGAGGCCAGGAACUCGGUGGGUUACGACCUAAGCUCCACGCGCAUUACCGUGCACAGUGAGACAAACAGCUAUGAAGCUAGAAACUCGGUGGGUUACUACCUAAGCUCAACGCAUGUUACCGUGCACAGUGAGACAAACAGCUAUGAAGCUAGAAACUCGGUGGGUUACGACCUAAGCUCAACGCGUGUUACCGUGCGUAAUGCAUCCAUAGACCUUGUGAUAGUGGCUGCAUCAUGGGACACAGUCACAGUGCAGUGGAAUGGUACCGGUCAGGACUCUAAUUUUUCAUACUUCCAGCUUCAAUAUAAAGAGGCAGUCGUGGGCGAUCUUGAGAUAAAUAUGCCAGACAAAUGGUACAAAAUCAUAAAAUUGGGAACUCAAUACAACAAUUACACUGCAACAAAUCUGAAUGAAAAUACUCGCUAUGAGAUUUGCAUUUUAUACGUCUACGAACAACAGCUCCAUAAAGGCGAUUGCAAAGUGUUUUCAACAUCUUUAAAAUUGCAUUUCCUACAUGUGGACGACUGGAGAGAGAAGUUGCUGGCCGGUGGUUUUAUGGUGUUCGGUUUGUUGAUGACCGUCGUGUGUCUAGUGACACUUAUAAAGAGAGUACGCACCCAGAAUGGCUUCAAAGGAAAAGAAUCUAGACUGUGUAUUCCACUGAGGCGAGUUUGUAAAACCAUCUCCGUACCAAAUGACUCGCCCACAAAAUCGCUGCUUAGUUUUCAAACAAAUAUUGACGAUGUAGAACAGUAUUAGCGUUAAAUCAAACAAAUGUGUCUCAUUUAUAUUUGUAAAUAAUUGCUUUCUACCGGUGCAUUAGAUCGUAAAAUAAAUUAUUCCCAUCUACAAACCAAAUGUGUUCUGCUCAGCAAUUGAUAUUGCGCUUGGAGCUACGCUAAGC